AUGGACAACAACUCGAGAAAAAGACAUCUUCCGGCGCUUGUCAAUGGGAAGCGAGUGCCAUUGGCAGAAACGAGCGGCAAUGUACCUCUGCCAGUUUUAAAAAAGGCCAAGCUCGUAAAAUUGGCCACGCCCUCUGCCCUCUCCGUCCCUCCGGAAAACCAGGAGCAAGAAAAUCUUCAAGAGGCCCAGGAGGCCCGCAAAAAAGUUGAGGAGAAACCACACAAAGCUGCUCGCCUAGUAGGUGAGGAGUUGAAGAGCUGGCAAGCAUCAUGGCGAAAGAUCAUGCGCGAGAGCGUAGUGUACUUCGAUACCCAGGGAUGUGAUACCAACAACCAAACUCAGCGCCAGGAACAGAAGAGAGCGCAGCGAGCUCUAAAAGCCGUGGGAUGCGAAAUAGUGCCAUUCUAUGAUCGUGACGUGAGCAUAAUAGUCAGCAGAAGACCGUUCAGUAGCUCUAAAGUGUAUUCGUCGAAUGACAUUUUCCACGAUGCAGUUAACCUCAAGAUCAAAGUGUGGGACUACGACAAGGUGUUCCGAUUUUUAAAGAACUUGGGUUUCUCCGAGUCUGCAGGUCUGGAGAGGAGUGGCAACUUGUCGAAUCUAUUGAAAGAAGAAAAGAUAUUCGGCUCGACAGACCGUGAUCCCCAUGCUAGAAGGGAUGACUUGCAUUACCUCGAAAAGAAAUUCAUCUACGUUUACGACCUAUCGCAAGCUGUUCGCCCAAUUGCCGUUCGCGAAUGGGCCAGUGACUCGUAUCCUUCAUUGCACUUGACUAUGGAUGGGAAGUGCCCAUUCAUUCCAGAUACAUCUGACAACCUGGAGAAGAAAAAAGCGCGGAGACUACAAAAGUUCGAGGCUACAAAGAGCUAUCGCGAGCUUCUCAAGAAGAUCUCGUACGACAUAAUCAAUUACGCUAGAGAUGGCGUCACCAUUUCCAACUCCAUGUUUAGUGGUACUAGCACCAGCACCGACUCUGUGCAUAGUGACGGCACUACUACAGCAGCGAGUGGGUCAACUGUCAAAGACGAGACCGCAGAAGAGAAAGAGGCAGCGUCUGAGUCUCGGGACCAGGUUUUCAGCACAACUUUGACAUCAUAUAAUUUUAAAGCUCCUGCUACGUUGAUGCGACUCUCAUCUGUCGUACAACCUGGCGGCAAUAACUCAACGUCCAAGUUUUAUGAUGUUGCAGCUUCCGGCUAUAACGGAGCAUCAAAUGCCAUGCAGUUUUCCAUGGACUCAACUUUGAACAGCGUGGCACAGCAGCAGAACCAACAAGGAAAUGGAUUGGGACCAACAGUUUCGCAAGUUCCCUCAAAGAACAUCAAUAAUUUGAAAAGGCGCAUAUUCAUGAAACGUCAGAUCCAGAAGGCUGAAGGCCGCGAAAGGGAGCGGGAGCAAAAACCGGGUUACUGUGAGAAUUGCAGAGUCAAGUACGACAACUUUGAAGACCACAUCAACUCUAAUAGGCAUCGCAACUUUGCUUGCAAUGACGAGAACUUCAAGGAUAUUGACGAGCUUAUUGCUACUUUAAACGAAAGCAAAUCGAUGGGCUACGUCAUCUCCAAUGGCGAUUACAGUUUCGCCAACUAG